UAGAUGCAACAAUUGUUCCAUGAAAACUAUGAACACAACCGCAAGGGUUACAUUCAAGAUCUUCACAACAGCAAGAUUCACACAGCCAUAACACUUCAUCCAAACAAAAGACCAGCCUACCAAUACAGACUGCACAAUUACAUACUGAGUCGCAAAAUUUCCGAACUGCGCUAUCGGACCAUCCAGCUCCAUAGAGAAAGUGCCCUGAUGAGCAAGCUCAGUAACAGUGAAGUAAAUAAGGAAGAUCAGCAACUGGGAGUAAUGCCAUCUUUCAAUCAUUUCCAGCCACGUGAAAGGGAUGAAGUCAUCGAGUGGGAGUUCCUGACAGGAAAAUUUCUUUACUCGAUGGUGGAGAACCAGCCACCCCGGCAGAGCCUGAGCAGUGUCCUGCGGGCUGCGCUGGAUGACACCGUGAUGCAAGUCAUGGAAAUGAUAAAUGAGAACUCUAGAUCUAGGGGAAGGCUCAUUGAUUUCAAGGAAAUACAAUAUGGCUACCGCAGGGUGGACCCUCUGCACGGAGUGGAGUACAUCUUGGAUUUACUGCUUUUGUACAAAAGGCACAAAGGAAGGAAAGUUACGGUUCCAGUGAGACGCCACGCUUACCUUCAGCAAUUGUUUAGCAAACCUUUCUUCAAAGAAGCAGAGGAGCUGGAUGUAAGAAGCCUGCUGGAGGAUACCAACACUGACACUCAGUCUUUCUCUUUUCUUUCGAAUUCUUUAAAGAUUUUUUCCUCAUCAUUCCAAGGCACCAAAGACAUCAGGGGACGCAGUGACAAGAAAAUACAUAUUCUUGUCCCUCUCACAGGAAGAUUUGACAUUUUCUCAAGAUUUAUGGAUAACUUUGAGAAGACUUGUCUGAUUCCCAGGCAGGAUGUAAAGUUGGCAAUAAUUCUCUUCAGUUCCGAGAUGGGCCAAGACUCCAGCAAACACAUAGAGCUAAUGAAAGAAUACAGCAUUAAGUAUCCUAAGGCAGAUAUGACCCUGAUUCCAAUAGCAGGAAAGUUUUCUAGAGGUUUAGGUCUUGAAAUGGCCUCAUCUCAAUUUGACAACAGCACUUUGCUUCUGUUCUGUGAUGUUGAUCUGUUAUUCACACCAGAUUUCCUCCAGCGAUGCAGAGAUAACACUAUUCAGGGAGAACAGGUUUACUACCCUAUCAUCUUUAGCCAAUAUGAUCCAAAAGUAAUAUAUGGCAGCAACCCUCCAGCUGACAGUAGUUUUGUUUUCACAAAAAGAACUGGAUUUUGGAGGGAGUAUGGAUUUGGAAUUACCUGUAUUUACAAAAGUGAUCUACUUACUGCUGGUGGAUUUGAUACUUCAAUUCAAGGCUGGGGACUUGAGGAUGUAGACCUCUUUAAUAAAGUAAUAACAUCUGGCUUGAAGGCUUUCAGAAGUCAAGAAGUAGGAGUUGUCCAUAUUUUUCAUCCGGUUCAGUGUGACCCCAGUUUAGAUCCAAAACAAUACAAAAUGUGCUUAGGGUCCAAAGCAAGUACGUUUGCCUCUACCGUGCAGCUCGCUGAACUCUGGCUACAGAAACAUUUGGGUGUCAGGUACAAUCGAACUCUCUCCUGACAUCUCAAGCCGUUUGGCCUUUUUAGGGGAGUUUACCUCAUUAUUGUUGUUAUUAUUUGAUUUUGCUGUUGUAGUUUUAAACUCCCUCCACAUUGUCUUCCAAAGACUGUUGACCUCAAAUGGGAUGAGUCUGCUGUUCACUGAUAUUUCUCAUACCUACUGAACUGGUGAGGUGAAUUCCUUCGUAUUUCCUUUAUUUGAAAUUCAGUCAAGUCACAGCAAUCAUAUGAUCCCAUGGAGCACAUCCAUCACAAGAGAGUGCAUCAGAAGAAUGUUCUCUUUCAGCUUUGGGAUGCAGUAUCAUCUUUAUUGCAUUUCUCAGAUUCGAUGUGAUACAAAUAUUUACUGGUGAAGGUACCACAAAAGUGCUUUAUGCUUCUUCUGGGGAUGGAACUCUGUAAGAUAAACUUGAGUUUUAUAAUUUAUAUGAGGACUUAUAUGUAUAAACGCUACUUUUCUUCAUCUUUAGAAUUUUUAAAGUAAAUGAAUAACUAUGAUUGUACCUUUAUUUUUUAAAAAAAGAGAAAAACUGAGAAGCUACUUGCAAAUACAACUGGUACUGGCUACCAAGGUCCUUAAAUGUCUUAUUAGAAUAACAAACUCCUCAUUGUUGUUCACUCUAAGUGUAAAUGAACUUUAUUUUCCCAAGGAACAGGAUUUAACCAAAUGCUCAUGUACACUUUAGAAGAUUUGAGAACCAACGUCCUUCAUUUGCAGGCAAGAAGAAACUAUGACUUAACAUGGUGGUUUAUGAUAAAGUGCAGGCAUAUAGUAUUCUUUGUUUGAAACACAUAGUAUAAGUUAAUGUUUCUCUUUUUAGAAUGAGUCUCUAAUACACAAUUUUUUUUUACAUUCCUUUGAUAAAUCUUCACUUGAAACACAGUGUUAGAAGUUAAAGCUGUAUUUUUUUUUAUAUUUUCCAUUAACAUUGGUACUCAGUAUAAAUUUGUGUUAAAAUCAAAAUAACUGUAAAAUAAUUAUUUAAGUUUAAAAAUUUUCUAUUGCUGGUCAAAGUUCCUUGGCCAAUAUAUUUAUAUUAGUGGAGGUUAUAAGACUGUGUUAAGAUUUAUCUCUCUGGAUAGCCUGAAGUUGUCAUAUUGUGGAUUCACAGAGUAAAGUAUUUAAAAUGAUACCAACAUAAGAAAUAAUAAAA